UCUCUCUCAAGCCUCCCGAGACUCUUUUACGAACCCUAACCCUAACAAUUCACGAAGAUGAAUUGAUGAUUGUGUGUCUUGCGGUCGCUUGAUUUGAUCGAGAUUAUCCGAUCGUUCGAUAUCUCCUCCUCAACUUCUUUUCCGGCUGCGGGAUUUCUCUUUGGAGUUGGCGACUCUUGGAAAGAAGAUUUCUCCACCAAUCUACAAACUCCGCGGACGAUCUGUUCGAGAUUUGAAGAUUCUUUUGCUGAUUCGAUGUUGAAUCGAUUGAAUAAUUGAAGGAUCCGGUUACGAGGACAUGUACAAAGAGGGCUUCUUGGUUUUCAUCUCUAGCCUUGACGUGGUUUGCACCGAAUUGAUGGAAUUCCGUCGGUUCCUGAAUUGGAGUUAGAUUUCUUGAAGGUCGCGGAUUACAUCGGAGAAGAUUCAGCGAGUUUGGUUAGAGAUUAGAGAUAAAGGAAAUAAAUUCCUUUUUGUACUGUUUUUAUCAUCUUCUUGAGUGAAUAUCAGGCCUUGUUUUUUGAAGGCUGAUAGUCUCUUUUUAUGUUCAUCUUUUCGUAUUAUUAAAUUUUUUUUGAAUCUGAGGAAAAAAAAAUGGCUGUUUAUUACAAGUUUAAGAGUGCAAGAGAUUUUGAUUCCAUUCCAAUGGAUGGUGCCUUUAUUAGCGUUGGUACUUUGAAAGAAAAAAUUUUUGAAUCAAAGCACUUGGGCAGGGGUACAGACUUCGAUCUUGUGGUCACUAACGCCCAAACUAACGAAGAAUAUCUUGAUGAAGCAAUGUUAAUCCCAAAAAAUACAUCUGUUUUAAUUCGCCGGGUUCCUGGAAGACCUCGUUUGCCCAUUGUUGCGGCACCAGCGCCAAAGGUGGAAAACAAUGUUGAGAGCUCUCAACCAGAAAAGUCUAGCUUCCCUGAGGCUGAUUUAUCUGUUAUGAAAUAUCCUGAAGAUUCUGAAUGGGAUGAAUUUGGAAAUGAUUUAUAUUCAAUUCCUGAAAUGCUGCCUGCCCAGUCAAGUAAUCCAGUUGCAGAUGCCCCACCCGAAAAUAAAGCUGAUGAAGACAGCAAAAUUAAGGCUUUAAUUGAUACUCCAGCCUUGGAUUGGCAGCGCCAAGGGGCUGAUGGUUUUGGACCUGGUAGAGGCUUUGGAAGGGGUAUGGGUGGAAGGAUGGGUGGACGUGGUUUUGGUCGAUUAGGAAUGGAGCGCAAAACACCUCCACAGGGUUAUAUUUGUCACCGAUGCAAGGUGCCUGGGCAUUUUAUUCAGCAUUGUCCAACAAACGGUGAUCCAAAUUAUGAUAUUAAAAGAGUGAAGCCUCCUACUGGGAUUCCAAAGUCAAUGCUAAUGGCCAAUCCAGAUGGUUCAUAUGCUCUGCCAAGUGGGGCAGUUGCUGUGUUGAAACCAAAUGAGGCUGCUUUUGAGAAAGAGAUUGAAGGGUUACCUACCACGCGGUCUGUUGGUGAUCUUCCACCUGAGCUUCAUUGCCCCUUGUGCAAGGAAGUUAUGAAAGAUGCUGUGUUAACAAGCAAGUGUUGUUUCACAAGUUUCUGUGACAAGUGUAUAAGGGACUACAUUAUCUCAAAGUCAGUGUGUGUUUGUGGGGCAACAAACAUACUUGCAGAUGAUCUUUUGCCAAAUAAGACACUUAGAGAUACAAUUAAUCGUAUUUUGGAGUCUGGUAACAGCAGUGCUGAGAAUGCUGGAAGCACUUUCCAAGUUCAAGAUAUGGAGUCUGCUCGUUGUCCACAGCCGAAGAUUCCUUCCCCUACUACAUCUGCUGCAUCAAAGGAGGAGCAAAAGCCAUUGCUUGCUAGUGAAGAACCCAGAAAUGUAAUGGAUAAAGUGGAUGAGGCAAAACCAGCUGUUCCUCCAAUACAGAUAUUUGAGGAAGUGAAGACUGCAAAAGCAAUUGAUGCAUCUGAGGUUGAGUCAAUGAAUAUGAAGGAGCUAGCAUCACAAGGCAGUGCCCCUCUUGCUGAAGAAGAAGUGCAGCAGAAGUUAGCUGCUGCUGAGGCAGGAAAGAAAAAGAAAAAGAAGAAGGCUCGCUUACCGGCAACUGACUUGCAGUGGAAAAACCCCCAAGACCUUGCUGCAGAGUAUAUGAUGCCUAUGGCUCCCACAGGAUAUGAUCCAUAUUGGAAUGGCAUGCAAAUGCAACCUGGGAUGGAUGGGUUUCUUGGUCCUUAUGGUGGUCCAAUGCCAUAUAUGCAAUAUGGACUAGGUCCCUUUGACAUGCCCUUUGGAGGAGGGGUCUUUCCUCCAGACCCCUUUGGUGCACAGAAUUACUUGUUUCCUGGUGUCCCACCUCAGAGGGAUCUUGCUGAGUUGAGGAUGGGUAUGAAUGUUGCUCCACCACCAAUCAUGAGUAGAGAGGAGUUUGAAGCACGGAAAGCAGAUUUGAGGAGAAAGCGUGAAACUGAGAGAAGAGGUGACAGCAGGGAGUUCUCAAGAGAUCGGGACUUAAGCAGGGAAGUGAGCAGUGUUGGCGAUCUUACAUCCAUGAAAUCAAAAUCUGUGCAGAAGGUUAAUAACCCACCGGCGUCAAGCAGCGAGCAUCAUCGACACCGAUCUGAGAGGUCCCCGGUGGAACGCCACUCACGCGACCUCGAACCGCCACCCCGCCCGUUGAAGAGGAAAUCCGACCACCAGCAUGAUCGUGAUCGUGAUCGUCACUACGAUUACGAUGACCGUGAGAAAGACCGUGACCGCCACCACCAUCACCACCGCUCGGAGUCCUCUGCAAAGCCCAGGACUGAAGCAGCCACUAAAGCCGCUUCUGUAUCUCCAACAACAACUGCCGCAGACAAGAAGUAUAAGGGGAGCGUCUUCUCUCGCAUAUGUUUCCCCGUGGAAGAGGCCAAUAAGAGACGCAAGCUGUCCUCUGAACCUGCAUCUUCUUCUGCUCAUGACAAGGCAGCUUCCAAUGGUUACUACGAUGAACAUAAGUCAUCAUCCUCUGCUGCUGCUGCAAAGGCUGUUUCCACCGGUGUAAAGAAGAGCAGUAGCAGUGCGAUAGAUUAUGAGUCUAGCGACGAUGAGCGGCAUUUCAAGAGGAAGCCUUCAAGGUAUGAAUCAUCGUCUCCACCAAUGGCUGAGAGGGAAGAUGAGCCACGGCACUCGAAGGGGUCUAGAGAACGAGAACGGAGCGGCUAUAGUAAACACAGAUAGAAUGCAGAAUGCUGGCUCUGGUAGUGUAGCUGCACUGCUUGCUUCUGCUUUUUCCUUUUCAUUUUUUCUCAUUCUGGCUGCUGCUGCUGCGUUUGCAUCCUUGGUGCAGAUGAAAUUGGAGAAUAUAAAAUCUUCUUCUUCUUCAUGGGGAAAGGAAAAAGGGAAAACAUUUGAGAUACAGCUCUCUGUAUUUACGAUUGUAUGAUAUCGUUUUUAAUAAUAAGUAUUUUAUUAA